CCUGACUAUAAAGCUAAUGCACUGAUGGUUCCUGAUCUACACAGGCCAGAGACACCAAGAGGAAACAACAAGGAUCCCUGCUUGGAGUCUAGAGAUUUGGGAACUUGUUUUCUAAUCUCUCUGUGAAAAUACAUACCAGGUAAGUAAUACACGUGUAAUAUAUGUUUUGUAUCUGGCAAGCUCACCAUGCAGGGCUCUUUAUACUAGAGUAUCUAACUCUAUAAUGGAUACACCAGGUAAGUUUUCUCUGUAUAAUAUCAAGUAAGGUUUAUGGGAAGCCUAAUAAGCCUCCCCUCUAAUUUUGAUGAUUUCGAUCUGAAUAUAUAAGCUUAUUUUUAAUCAGAGAUGAAGGGUGGAUCAUUUUUCCACAGCUUAGAAGUCUUUCCUCGCUGACCUUUGCCACUUGUAAAAUGUGUGCUUAUAAUAUUGAGGAUACAACAUAACAGUUCUUCUAAUACAGAUUUUAUCCUAAACAUAAAUAUAUAAUUUUCCAUAUGACAUUGGCAGAUAUCAAAUAAUUUUAAUACUUUAAUAAUUUAAAAGAGUUGAGUUGCUUAACCUGUUCAUUAACCCGAUUGAGUAUAAACAUUUUAUUUUUAUGUAUUUAGCAGAAUUGAAUCUAGUCCAUUAAGCCUCACUCGCCCUCAUUUAUACUCUAGUUUUAAAUACCAAUCUAUAGAGGAACACAUUUCUCACCCUGUAAGGCUGCUGAAAAUAUCACCUCUCCUCCUGCUUUCAAACUGUGUAGAUUGUAUAAAGUUUCACUGGGUCAUGCUAUUCCUACAGCCAGGGAGGAGGGGAGGGAAUGGAUUCUACUAUAUAACUGUCAGCAUUAUAUUAGCAAUCCAGAGAUUAAUAAAAAAAUGAAAUAGCAGUUUAAAAUAAAACACUUAUUUAUUAUUUGUAUAAUUUACCUAUAUUUAUUGUAGGUGGACAAGUGCAGACAUUCUUUUUAAAUUUUAUUGCAAUUUUUAGUAAGCAACACUGCUGGUUAUUCCUUCAGAGUUCUUGCAUAGUAUUUGAUAAGAUUUAUUUAUUUUUCUCACAUUUACUGGAAGUGAGAAAAUAGACAUUUUUGCUUUUAGACUUAACUUUCAGACCCAGUUUAAAAUAAUAGAAAGAUAAAUUACACUGUUCACUGUCUAAACCUUUUAACUUCCCAAACAUUUUUUUUUUAUAAAGGACAAACGAAUAAGAGAAAAAUAAAAAUUGUGCAAAUUUACAUAAUUUGAAUUGUUUUAUUUUUCUGCAAAGCAAUCUAUACACAUGUUUGUGUUAUGAUAUGUUUAUAUGCUUAGCUAUUAUUAUUAUUAUUAUUAUUUUAUUAUUUAAAUAGCGCUAGCAAAUUCCAUAGUGCUGUACAAUGGGGCUAUUAUCCCUUGUUUCAAAUAACUGUUAUACUCAAAAUGUUUAAAGAAAAAGAUGCUUUGUAGUGAAUAGAUUAAAGGGUUACUCCAACCACCAUGACCUCUUCUGUAAUUUGAAAUGGUCAUGGUGGUAGGAGUAAGUAUGUGCGAUGUUAUUGAUUGUAAUGCUAAACAUACAUAUUUUUAUUGUGAGCUGAGGGCUAGUUACACCCCCAGCACAUGUGACAUUGCCAACCCAGAACUCUCUUCCGGGCUGCUAAUGUCCAUUCUGUGCAUGUUUUGCAUCUGUCAGUGCACACAGACGACAGACCUGCUAUUCUUCCCUCUUGCAGGCAAAAUGCCCUCCAUCCCCACCUGGUGAAGCUCCCUCCACUAAUACUAGUAAUAAUUCCUCCUUCCUCUCCCUAUUUUAGAUUGCACUCAUAGGCUCCGAGCCUGCAAAAAAGUGGACUGUGCUUGGCCCAUGUGAAGUCAUGUGGAUUUGUGGAACUUAUUAAAACUUAAAAUCUUCAGGUUAUUCUACAAAUUGGGAGGGGAGCUACUUCAUAGUGCCCAAUAGAUCAUAUUAUGCCAAAAAGGUCCUUACACUCAAGACUGCUGGAGUAAACCUAUAAAACUCCAUUGGUCAAUGGCCCUUACUUGUCUAAGUAUUUAGGGAGAAUCCUUGUAUCAUACAUUGCUCUAGCCAGGGGUCAAGUCCUGGGGAAAAAAGUGGGGGAACUCACCCAAGAUCCCCCCCAAAAAAAUAUACGUAUACGCUCAUAUGCAUAUAUAUUUCUCAGAAAAUACAGUGCAACAUUUAUUGUGAAGUGCCAAUUUACAAAGGCAUCUCCAAAAUUCACAUGCAAUAAACAAAUAUAUAGAACAGUUACAACAAAUAAGUUAACUAUGCAAUAAAGUGUGCCACUCUCCCCCCUUAGUGUUCCUCUCUCCUCUGCUUCGUGUCCCUUAGUGUUCCUCUUUCCUCCACUCCAUAUCCAUUAGUGUUCCUCUUCCCCCCCUUACCUGUCUCUUAGUGCCCCUCUAUUCCCCUUAAUGUUCCUCUCCCUUCUCUUUUAGUGGUCUCCCUACCCCAGUGUUAGUUUUCCCUUCCCUCCUCUGUACCUUAGUGUCCCCCUCUUAAUGUUCCUCUCUCUUUCCCCCAGUGUUCUUCUCCCCUUCCUCUCUUUUAGUAUUCUUCCCCAUCCCAUAUUGUUCUUUCCUCCCUCCCCAUCGUGUUCUUUCCUCCCUCCCCUGUCUCAGUGUUCUUCCCCACUUCCCUGUCCCAUAGUAUUAUUUCCCCCCAUCCCAUAGUGUUCUUUCCCCUUCUCCCCAUAGUGUCCUUUCUCUGCGCUGUACCCUAGUGUUCUUCCACCCCAUCCCAUAGUGCUCCUUAUCACCACCACCUCCCCUGUCCCAUAGUAUUUUUCCCCCUCCCCUGUCCCAUAGUGUUCUUUCCUGCACCAUCCCCUAGUGUUCUUCUACACAGAAUGACUUGUAGGAGGUAGCUCCAAUCUAGCACCCCAUGCCUGCAGGACUACUAACGGGUACAGCAUUCAUGCUGUGGAAAGAGUGCACUGUUCCCACGUGUUCCUGCAGGACUUUAGCCCAUCUCAGAAAGCAGGGUUGUGAGUUUUCAAGUACAUCCCAGUAUCAUCUUAUUAUUAUUACGCAACAUAUUUUCAUCAACCUCAGCAACAUGAAAAACUGAUUUCACCUUGAGGAAAUUUGAAGUUAUACUUUUGAAAUGCUGUAUGGCACCCUCCCAAUGUAAUUUGUUAAAAUGUUUUGGAACAAUUUGAAAACUUUCCUGGUUCCUGCCUGGUGCCUGCUUCUGGAUUCUCCUUGUGAAAGUAUUCAGUUAGCUCUUAAAGGACCACUAUAGUGCCAGGAAAACAUACUCGUUUUCCUGGCACUAUAGUUCCCUGAGGGUGCCCCCACCCUCAGGGACCCCCUCCCGCCCGGCUCUGGAAGGGGGAAAGGGGUAAUAACUUACCUUUUUCCAGCGCUGGGCGGAGAGCUCUCCUCCUCCUCUCCGCCUCUGAUCCGCCCCGCCGGCUGAAUGCGCACGCGCGGCGAGAGCUGCACGCGCAUUCAGCCGUCGCAUAGGAAAGCAUUUACAAUGCUUUUAUGGACGCUUGCGUGCUCUCACUGUGAAAAUCACAGUGAGAAGCACGCAAGCGCCUCUAGUGGCUGUCAAUGAGACAGCCACUAGAGGAUUAGGGGGAAGGCUUAACCCAUUCAUAAUUAUAGCAGUUUCUCUGAAACUGCUAUAAUUAUGAAUAAAUGGGUUAACCCUAGAAGGACCUGGCACCCAGACCACUUCAUUAAGCUGAAGUGGUCUGGGUGCCUAGAGUGGUCCUUUAAAAAGGAUUCACCAGGAAGAAUAUUUUCCAUACUCUUUUAUUAUGUAUAAAUAAGGCAUAGAUACAGUAAUAGGCGUGUGCAGCAGAUUGUAUUAGGGUGUGCACUAAUGAUAAUUAUGUUCUGUGGUAGAAAUACCAUGCACACAGGCAAUAACACGGUAGCUCAUGCACAUAUGAUCACACCCUCAUGCAUGUGUGUCUCUUUCUCCUCCAACCUUUCUGUGUGUCUUUUAACCAUUCCUCAGCCCAUUUGUGUGUUUAUUCCCCUAGUGCCUCUGUGUGUCUCCUUAUCUCUUUUUCAUCUGUGUUUCCACCCCCAGUCCCUCGCUGUGUCUCUACCACCAGCCCAUCUUUUUUUUCUCUCUCCCAAACCACUGUGUGUGUCUGUAUCCCCCUCCCCCAAAGCCUCUCUGGGUGUCUCUCUUCACCCCAGCCCCUCUGUGUGUCUCUCCACGAGCCCAUCUCUGUGUCCAGCCCAUCUGUGUCUCUUCCCCAGCCCAGUGUCCCUUCCCCUCAGUCCCUCUGUGUGUCUCUUCUUCCAGCCUCUCUGUGUGUCUCUUUACCCCCUUCUCAACUGUAUCCUCCACAAUACACGCUUUGUGUUUCUCCCUCCCAGCCCACCUGUGUUCCUCUACUGUCUUGGUCCCACUGUGUGUCUCUCCGAAUACAUCUGUAUGUCUCUGUCCCUCUGGAUCUUAUACUCGAUCUGACAGGAAGCUGCUAGUUGCUCUCAGUGAGCACAUCCUGUCAGAUCCUCUAGGGCGGUCGAGGUGGCCUUUCUACAUGAAGUGAAAGGCAGGAGGGACAGUGCUGCAUGCUCCCCUCCUGACAGUCACCAGAUGCUGUGCAUCCCAAGGCAGCCACUAUGCCACCUUAUGGUCAGUAAAAAAAGAAAUAAAAAAAUCCAGCGCACUCCAUUAUCUCCUAAACAGCAACUUCAGUGCUGACAGAUUUAGUUUCGUUUUUUUAAAAACACAGAAUCCAGUCAAAAAAUAUCCCAGCAGCACCCUAUUUAUGCAUAUUUAGGUGAGUGCAGCCACCCCCCUGUUACCUUAUGGUCAGUGGCAUCUCUAGAAUUCAUAUUUAAGGGGGGCACAUGGUGGGCCAGAGACAAACGUAGAGGGGCAGGUAUAAAAUGUGUGUGUGUGUGUGUGUGUGUAUAUAUAUAUAUAUAUAUAUAUAUAUAUAUAUAGUGAGGGGAAAAAGUACUUGAUCCCCUGCUGAUUUUGAACGUUUACCCACUGGUGGCAAAACUCUUGUUGGCAAUCAUAGAGGUCAGACGUUUCUUGUAGUUAGCCACCAGGUUUGCACACAUCUCAGAAGGGAUUUUGUCCCAUUCCUCUUUGCAGAUCCUCUCCAAGUCAUUAAGGUUUCGAGGCUGACGUUUGGCAACUCAAACCUUCAGCUCCGUCCACAGAUUUUCUAUUGGCAAUAAAGUCUGGAGACUGGGUAGUCCACUCCAGGUCCUUAAUGUGCUUCUUCUUGAGCCACUCCUUUGUUGCCUUGGCUGUGUGUUUUGGGUCAUUGUCAUGCUGGAAUACUCAUCCACAACCCAUUUUCAAUGCUCUGGCUGAGGGAAGGAGGUUGUCACCCAAGAUUUGAUGGCACAUGACCCUGUCCAUCAUCCCCUUAGCAGAAAAACAACCCCAAAGCAUAAUGUUUCCACCUCCCUGUUUGAUGGUGAGGAUGGUGUUUUGGAGUCAUAGGCAACAUUCCUCCUCCUCCUAACACAGUGAGUUGAUGCCAAAGAGACCUCGAUUUUGGUCUCGUUCUAACCACAACACUUUCAUCCAGUUCUCCUCUGAAUCAUUUAGAUUGGCAAACGUCAGACGGGCCUGUACAUGUGCUUUCUUAAAGGGGGACCUUGCGGGCGCUGCAGGAUUUCAGUCCUUCACGGCGUAGUGUGUUACCAAUUGUUUUCUUGGUGACUGUGGUCUCAGCUACUUUGAAAUCAUUAACAAGAUCCCCCCAUGUAGUUCUGGGCUGAUUCCUCACCAUUCUCAUUAUCAUUGAAACUCCACGAGGUGAGAUCUUGCAUGGAGCACCAGACCGAGGGAGUCUGACAGUUAUUUUGUGUUUCUUUCAUUUGCGAAUAAUCGCACCAACUAUUGUUACCUUCUCGCUUGACGAUGUAAUUCUCCUGCUUUGCUCCAUCUCGCACCUUCAACUAAUGCCGGGAGCCGGAAUAUGACAGCAUAUUACAGCUUCCGGUAUUUAUAGAUGGUGCGUAAAGGGGGGCAGAUCAGAAGGAGUACAGCUCCCUCACCACCUCUGAUGUGCUCACAGUUGCCCGUCUCAGGGGUCUAUAAUCUCCUUCCUCCAUGACUGGCCAUCGGCAGUGCAAUUUCAAUUGCGGGGGCACAAGGGGAGGCAUGGCAUUAGGUACAAAACAAAACAAACAAACAAUACAAUACUAUCCCCACAAAUACAUGAAGAAUAGUAGAAGGUAAGUAUUCAAUGUACUUAUCUAAACAAGUCAAGUAGACAGCCUCCCUAAGAUCACCUUCCAGAUUGUGAUUCUAUUAGACCAGAAUGCAAGCAACAAACAUAUGGGGUACGGCUGUAUUUCUAAAAAGAAAAUAAACAUAACAUAGUGUAAUACGGUUAAAACAAUGAAAUGUGCGCUAUAAACAGUUGCACUCACAAGAUGUAGACAAAUAAAGAGCUCAAUGGGUGCCUCCCCUGAUGGGUGGGGGGGCUACACAACCCUUCUCCUAUGUCUGCGAGUGUAGCAGGAAAGCAGGACUCCAGAUGAGAAUGUAUAGAAAAAAUGCUAUUUUAUUUAAUAAAAUUGGUGAAAAAACACCAGGAUAAAUCCUGUUAAAACAGCAAUAGUAUUGGUCUUACGCAUUUUGUUCCACAAUUGGAACUUCCUCAGAGACCAAGAGUGUACAAAGUGUAAAUAGUGACCUCUAGUGGUCGCCAGAAACACAGAUGCAUUUACAAUAACAGAAUUGUCGGGUAGUAAGUCUGUUGGAGAGAGAAGUGAUUAGCACCACAAAAAUAUUUACGGUCACAAGCCCAACCUUAGAGACUAAAGUGCAACAGCUAAAAUCACUUUAUGUGAUAAAUAAAUCAUAAAAAAGGAUUUAUAUUUUUUUCUUACUAUAAGAGUGGUAUCAUAGAGUUAAUUAUUUAAAGUGGCAGUGUGUAAAAAUAGAGUAUAGAUAAUAAAUAACCAAAAUUCUAUAUUUAUUAUGUUCUGAAUAAUAAUAAAAAAAGGAAUAAGUGUACUGAGGUAUAACCACACAUACCUAAUCAUACAGCAUACUAUAACAUAACCUAUCAUGGUCCAAUGAUUUAAUAUCCCUAAUCAAAGGAUAUAGGGGACAUGUUGAUACAAAAGGAGGUAUCCAAAAAAUAGAUGAGACAAGGGAGAAAUUUUGAUUACAUAUUUAACAUCCCUACACAAGGGGAUAUAUAAAACGUACACAAAGGGCAAAGUUACUUGAAUGAAAAGAUAAAGUAGGGGGGAAAAAAGGAAAAUAAAACAAAUUUCUUUAGCAUUUUCUUUAUUUGGGGACUCCUAAUUUUAUUUAUCUAUUUUAUCUAUUUUAUAAAGCUUAAUUAAUUGUGUUGAAAUUGUCUUUUCCUAUUUUCCAUUAUUGACAGCUUAAUCAAAUGCCCUCUUAUCACCGCUUUAUAUGCGCACCAUUUAUUAUAACUUGUUGCUUCUAGAUUUUCAUUGAAAAAAUAACAUGUUGUAGUUUUUAUAUACUUCCCAUUUUCUUCUGAGUUUUACAAACUAUCUUUAAAUUUCCAUUAAUUUGGUCUCUUUAUUUUGUUAUCAUUCCCAAACAAGUACAUUAUGGUCAGACCAACUCACUGACUGUAUAUAUCUUCUUUAUUUUUUCUAAUAUGAUUGGUUGUUGCUAAUUGCGCACAUAAGAGCAGCGUCUUAAUGAAAAAUAAGUAUAUUCCUUCUCAGUAGGAUGGAAAACUCUCCAAGCAUUGUACAACAUUGACUUAUUCAAGAUUGAGGAAAAGGCCCUGGAAUUUCGUCAGAAUCAUCAAUAGUUAACUCUGUUCUAACCUUUCUAUCCAUCAUUGCAUCAUCACCUGCUAUAAUAACAUUGCCAACUGCAAAUUUUUCAACAUUAUCUAUUAACUUUUGUAGGAAAUUAAUUUGACCCGUAUUCGGCCCAUAAACAUUCACCAACGUAUAUAACAUCUUAUCUAAUUUACAAAUCAGUAUUCUGUAUCUAGCCUGAGGAUCAAGUUCUUGAUAUAUAAGUUUAAAUUCUAUUUAUUUGCCAAUCCACAUGGCCACCCCUCUUCUUUUGCCCGUUUGUGAUGGAGCAUUAAUUACAUGGGCCAUUUGUUUCCUCAUGAAAUAUUGCCUCUCAGAUGUUACCCAAUGUGUUUCUUGGAUAAAACAUAAAUGGGAUUUUUCGUUUUUGAUCAAUUCAAUCAAUGCUGCCUGUUUUUGUGGUUUAUUUAGACCUUGAGAAUUUAAAGAAAGCAUUCUAACCAUCUUUCAAAUUCUUACAGCUUUUUUAGGAAAUUCACGCCAUAUAUCCAGGUAACAAUCAUACAAUUAUAAAAAGUUUAUAUACAACAGUGUGGUUCUUGCAUAGAACCUACUCUCCCUUAUUACCCUAGUGUUCUGUUCCACCGGUACAGACACCUGCACGUAUAGCCCUAUUAUACAUGCACAAAAAUAAUGAAGCCAUUGAUAGAUGACGAUCAUGUGGCUACUCUUGUUAUGUGGCUAGCGAGGGACAACCUAGGUUGCAGAUAUACAAAUACAAUUCUUAUAAAAUUUGUUCUAAACAACAAGCAAGUGUCUUGUAUUAUUCAAUUGGAGAACCAUGAGAGAAGAAGAGGAGAUCGGAAAAAAAAAAUGUCAUGUCUUUUCUCCUCUUUAUUACCUUUUCCACUUUUCUUAUCAUUUUCCCUCCUUUUCCUUUCUAUUAUUACUCUAUAGUAUAAAGUAUCUUACAUUGCAGACAAUAUUGUUAGUUCUUUUAUAGAAUUCCAUCAGUAACUAACGGUAAAUUGCUCCAACUUAAUGAAAUGUCAUUAUAGCCUAUCGAUUUUAAUUUAAUCAGUAUUAUCAUUGCUAUAUCGUGAACUAUUUCUACUAUUUUUAUUUCUUUAAUAAUUUUAUAUUAUCAUUUUGUGUAGGUAUUGUGCCUUAAAAUUGUAUCAUUAUUUCUGUGAUUUUAUCAAAUUUAAUACAUUUAAUAUGCAUUUUUUAUACAGAUUUAAGUAUAUUUUAAUUUUGUUAAUCCAUAUCAAACCAAUUCUAUCAAUUUGUGCUACCAACGGAAAGCGUUUUCCAUUUUCAAUUGUGGGCUUAUUUCUGUGAAUGAUUCAUUCUAACUGUAUUUUGAUUGAUCUAUAUAUAUAUAUAUUUAUAUAUAUCUCAAAAUACAAUUAAAAUGACAUUCUAUAUAUAUAUCUAUAUAUAAAUAAAUACAAAUAAUUGCAAAUAUAUGUAUAUAUAUAUAUAUAUAUAUAUAUACACACACACACGCACAUAUAAAAAUAUAUAUGAUUACAUAAGUAUACAUGUACAAUUUAAAUAAAUAUAUAUGUAUAAAUAUAUAAAAAUUCUACUGUGUAUAUUUAUUGAAUCUCUUAACAUAAUUAUGUGAUUUUAGUAAUUAAAAUUUGAGGGAUGUGCCUGACGAGCCAGGCAGAAAGUCCAGAUAAUUUAAUUUGCAAGCACUAUAUUUAACCCAGUAACUUACCAAGACAACAUAAAACCUGCAGGGGGGAGUGAAGAACACUUUAGUCUGAGGAAUACAGUCUUAUGUUCCUAACAAAAAAUAUUCCUUUAAAGUAGUUACUGUUUUUCCCUAAAAAUUGGUUUAUUCUUAAAAAAAAAAAAACAGGAAAAGUAAAUGCAACAAUAUUUGUAUGUGUAACCCCACUAAAUCUGUUAUUUCCCAAACAAUUUUUGUUAUUAUGGGAUGGCCUCACACAUGUGUAAAAUGUUAACCAUUCCCCUGGAGAUAAUCUCUGCUAUUUCUGCUCUGUAAAUUAAGUACAACUAUGUUUACAGAGGCGCCCUGGCUAUAAAGCUAAUCACUGAUAGUGUUGUCCUUCUACAGAGAUAUCUGGAGACCUUUCCUGAUCUACACAGGCCAGAGACCGUAAGAGGAAACAAGAAGGAUCCCUGCUGGGAGUCUAGAGAUUUGGGAGCUUGUUUUCUGAUCUCUCUCUGAUAAUGGAUACACCAGGUAAGUCAUUCCUUUGUAAUGUGUGUGUAUUGUGUAUGGGAAGCUCACCCUCUCUAUAUACUAAGCAUUACUAGAGAGUAUCUCAAUUUAUAGCUUAUUACCUCUAGGUGGUAGAGGUUAACACAGUGAGGGAGUUUAAGUAUGCGCGGGAUAGGCAUAAGGCUCUCCUAGACUAUCCUAGACUAAUUAAAAGUAUAUUUCAAAUAUUGGGCAGACUAGAUGGGCCAAAUGGUUCUUAUCUGCCAUCACAUUCUAUGCUUCUAUGUUUCUAAAUGGUCUUAGUAGCUUCUCACUGCUACUGUUUAAUGGAUAGAUCUCAUCGUGGAUACUACUAAACUCUCCGGAUAAACAUCUUACUGGAAAAGCCCUAUAUUUAGGGCACUAGGACCCAGAGGGGAGCACUGAAGUGGUCACGUAUUUGGAGUAAACCUUUAAAGGAACACACCAAACACCAUAUCCAGGGCCGGACUGGGAAAAAAUUUGGCACAGGCAUUUUUUAAUUACAGUGGCUCACUGAAAAGGGGUAUGGUAUGGUAUGGUAUGUUUUGUCAUCACCAAUGACAAGCACGCCCCAUCACAAAGUGAGCAUUUUGGUUCAAUGUUCUUCCAGGGCAGACUAUGCGCAGAGCUCUGCUGAAGAGCUUUAGCAAGAGAAAAAUGCCCUGUAUUUGUUCUGCACAGCUUAACCCCUUAAGGAAACAUGACAUGUGUGACAUGUCAUGAUUCCCUUUUAUUCCAGAAGUUUGGUCCUUAAGGGGUUAAGCAAAUUUAAUAACAUGCAUGCACUCUGUUUGCUUGAAAUUUGUCUCUGGUGUCUCCAUAGAUGGGACACCAGGAGAUAAAAAAUGCCAAGAAAGGGUAUUGUGCUGUGUGUGUGGGAGGGAUGCUAUGUGCGUGUGAGGGUGCUGUGUGUGUGUGUGUGUGUUUGUGUGUGUGUGUGUGCGUGUGCAAGAGGGGUGCUGUGUGGGUAAGGGUGCUGUGUGUGUGAGUGAUGGGUGCAGUGUGUGUGAGGGUGCUAUGUGCAUGUGAGGAAGCUGUGUAUGUGUGUGUGUUUGUGUGUGUGUGAGGGUGCUGUGAUUGUCAGGGGUGCAGUGUGUGUGUGUGUGUGUGUGUGUGAGGGUGCUGUGAGUGUCAGGGGUGCAGUGUGUGUGUGUGCUGUGAGUGCCAGGGGUGCAGUGUGUGUGUGUGUGGUGUGUGAAUAUAUUUGGAGGGCUUGUGUGUUCGGGGGGCAGAUUAUUAUUUAUAUAUUAAUUUAACAAAUAAAUAAGCAUUGAUUACAUCCCCCCACCCUUCUUACAUUAUACCUGGGAGGGGGGACUGUGCUGCCAUCCCUGGUGGUGCUAGUGGUGAGAGUGAACUCUAGCCUGUGCAGCUAUAGCAAUGCUCCGGAUCUCGCAAGUGGAACCUUGUGGAACUGCAAGAUAGAGCUCUGCUGGGUCCUCUCCUGUCUCCCUUCCUCUCUCCCCUGCCGGGGGCUGCAUCUCGCUGCAUGUGGACCAGUAAGGGAGAUCUUUGAUCUCCCCACCAGCCCAUCAUGGAAAACAGCAGGCACCGUCAUGGUGUGUCAUGGAUAGCGCCGGCCCUGUAUGGACCAGUCGGGGAGAUCCUGUGACCAUGGCCAUCGCGUCCGGGCCUGACCUAAAGCAACACAGCCAGGUGUAGUAGUUUUGUUGCUUGAAGUAGUUAUAGUGCCUUGUAUAGAAUUGGCCAUCAAUGUGUUCAUUUCCUUUUCCCAAUCACCAAAAAUUUUCAUUUAAGUUUAAAACGUAGAUGUAAUAGCCUUUAGUCACCACUGAAUAUAUAUUUAUUUGCACACUGUUACUGGUAAACCCAAGUUCCUGAACUGGAGAAAAUGCAUUGGAUGGCUAGUGGUGACUUAAAGCUAUUACAUGUGGAAAAGAAGAAAAUUAACCCCUUUAUGGGUGAUUCUAUACAAGGCUCUAUAACUACUUCAGAAUUGUUAGUGGCUAAUUGGAACACUAAUUGUUGGCACUUUGUAAACAUAGAUACAAACUAUGUUGUUGUGUAUUUUGUUUUAUUAGCAGAAUAUUCCACCACUUUUAUAUAUACUUGUUUGUAUCAUGACUACUAAUGUGGUCCAACACGCAAAACUAUGUAACUUCUACAUAGAAAAUAAAAGUAGACAGAACGUAAACCAGUCCUUAGAAUGGCCGGAUUAAUAUGUUGAAAGACAGAGAAUGGUCAAGGGAAAGCUGAGGUCAAGAAAACCAGAAGUACACAAGAUAAAUAAACAAGCCAAGUCAGGUAAACCAGAAAUCAUAGUCAGAAUACCAGGAAUAUCAAUAACAAGAGCAGGAAAACGCACUCUCGGGAACCAGGCACAUAAACCACGACAGGGAAUUGAACUAGGGCAAUUCAGUGGUUUAAAUACCCCUCCUUGGGCUGUGAUUGGUCAGAGCUUGGCCUCUGACCCCAGAACGUGCGUGUGCGUCGACAUCGUGAUCGUGGUUGGCUCUGACCAUUUCAGCUCCCGACUAUUGGCUGCACAGGUACGUCCUCUGACCGGUCAGCGUGGUUGCACCGAUCAGGUGCCUCCAAGUACAGCCGGGGGCCAUGACAGUACCCCCCACUCAAAGAAAGAGCAGGUUUGUUAGGAAACUGGUUAUGGAACAACCGGACAAGACGAGGAGCGUGGACUCUAUCGUCAGCAAUCCAAGAACGUUCCUCAGGGUUAUAACCUUUCCAAUCCACCAAAUAAGACAAAACACCCCUCGACACUCUGGAAUCCAGUAUGGAUGUCAAUAUGGACUUCGUAUGCCUCCUGGCCUUCAACAACCAGAGGUGGAGGAGGUACGAACUGCAAGGUUGCAAGUAAGCGGUUUCAACAAAAACACAUGGAAUGUGUUUGAUAUCUGCAAAUGUGCAAAAAGGGUGAGAGAGUAUGACACAGGAUUAAUGUUCCAAAGGACCUGUAAAGUGAGGAGCCAGCUUCAUGGAAGGUACUUUCAACUUGAUAUGAUGCGUGGAAAGCCAGACCCUGUCCCCAACUUGAUAGACAGGAUUGGCACCACACCGCUUGUCUGCCUGAACUUUAGUACAUCUGGAGGCCGAUUGUAAUGCUUCUUGUACCAAAGCCCAAGUGUCAUGGAUAGAGGCCAAACAGAUGUCCAAAGCAGGAAUGUCAGUUUCUGGAAAAUCAGAGGGUAAUACAGUAGGGUGUUAACCAUUAUUUACAAAAAAAAAGGACUGAGAGUAGAGGACUCGUGGGUUACAUUGUUUCUAGCAAAUUCAGCCAUUGACAGGAGUUCUGACCAGUUAGCCUGAUUGACAUUAAUAAAGCAAUGCAAAUAAGACUCCAAGGCUUGAUUAGCUCUCUCUGCCACCCCAUUGGUCUGAGGGUGGUAUAAAGAGGAAAAAGAAAGUUCUAUGCCCAACUGUUUGCAGUAAGCACGCCAAAAUCUAGAAAUAAUUUGGGUACCUCUGUCAGAGACUAUGUUUUUCGGUAUUCCAUGCAGUCUAAAGAUUUCAUGUAAGAAUAUUUGAUCCUGAGAAGAUGGCAGAUUUUGAGAGGUAUAAAAUGUGCCAUCUUGGAGAAACGGUCUACUACCAUAAGGAUAGUGUUAUACCCAUUAGAACUUGGGAGAUCAUUAAUGAAAUUCAUGGCCAGGUGGAUCCAUGGAGCGUCUGGUAUAGGAAGUGGCCGUAACAACCCAGGAGGUGAUUUCUGGGGAACCUUGGACACAGCACAAAUUCUACAUGCUCCCACGUAAUCCUUGACAUCACCUCUAAGAGACGGCCACUAAAACUUUCUAGUAAUGGCAGAGAGGGUUUUGUGUAUAGGGGGAGGGAGGGGGAGAAAGAGAGUGGUAAGGGAGGGAGGGAUCCUCUCCAUAUUUGGAGCUUCGUGUUUGAAGAGAAAUCUGUGUUCCUGUUUCACACUUGUAAAAUAUAAAUGCAGCCAGGCUUCCUUAUUGAAAAGAUUUUUAAAUUUAUUUUAUUAAAAACACAUUAGACAUAACUGGAUAAUCCUUGUUGGGGUUCUCUGUGACAUCCAGACAUAGUCACCCAAGAAGUGCCCAAUUGGGAAUUUGAACCUGAGAACUUUGUGGUCCUGGAUCUGCAAUCUACCUUUGAGCCACACCAGUUUUGUUUCAUUUUAGCUUUUCCAGUACUGUUCAUCCUAGGUUGUCUGCAGCACUAGGGGCUAGACUUUGACUAUCGCUGUGCUUCAUCUGACCCUAAUCAGACAUCAGCAGGGUAUAUAAACACAGCCUCGGCCUGUGAACUUUAUCAAUGCAAUGUUUUGUGGACCCGGGACACAAGAGAAAUCUCAAUGUAUCUUUCCUGGUAAAAUAUUUUAUAAAUAAAUAAGUCUUUUGAUCCUGUUGUGUGUGUUAUGUUCCUGUGUUCCAGUCUAUUGAUCCUCAACUCUAUAUUGACCCUGUCUUCUGACAUUAUUUUCUCUGACCUCUGGCAUCCCUUGACUUUGGCUAUUCUUCAUUGAUCCUGACCUCUGGCAUCCUUUGACUUUGGCUAUCCCUUGACUAUCCUGCUGUUUAUGUCCUUGCCUGUACUGCCACUUGGAACUUUAUCCUGCACAGCCCCCAUGUACAGAUUCACAGUCCAAGUGGUUUAUUAUCUGGUUCCCUUGGACUAUGUGUUUUUACAAGGGUGAGCAACAUAUCUGCGCUACAGACUCCCAACUCAGGUAAGAUCCUGACAUAAAGACUUGACCAUAUGGAGUCCGCAGAGAUGUGUAAAUGGUUUCCAGCCUGACCCAGACUGUUUCAGAGUUGCAGCGAAUAAGACACAGUAUGCCCAGCCCUGGAACCUGUUUAUUCUGAGCCGUUCAUCGUCUUGCCAGAGAGAUUUGAUGGCAGCCGCACAUCCUUCCAGUCCUUCAAGGUGGAUUGCGAGGUGUUGUUUUCUUUAAAGACUCAGACAUAUGCCACAGAUAUCAUGGUCCGACCGGCUAUCAACUUGUUGUCUGGACGCAUCAAAAAAUGGGCUCACCAGAUGUUCCAGAUGAAAAGUCCUGUCCUUGACAGUUGGGAAUCCUUCUCUACUGUUAUGGACUCGCAAUGCAAGACCACUGUGCCAAAGCCUGCUCCACGUACCAGAGGAUCCCAGAUUCUUAGAACCCGAGAGACCCAGUACCAACACUACACCCCAGUGUUGCCUCCUUAUGAUCCAAUUCCUAGGAAAACUCUAGUGGUAUCCUAUGUUCCUCUCGACCCUAAGAAACUUAUGGAAAUAGGACUCGUCCACUGCAAAGUGACGCGUAAGGAAAGAGACCAGAGGAGAAGCCAUGGCCUAUGUUUCUACUAUGGAUAAAAAGGGCAUUUCAUCACACUUUGCCCUAUUCGUCCUCCUAGGCCUCCAGCUCUCCGGCUGGCUACUACUGUUUGCCCUGUGUACGCUGCAUGUCAGCCUAAAAAGCUUCAUAGAAGCCAUCAUUCCUGCCCAUGCUUGGGCAGAAAACACUCCAUUUCCUGCUCCAAAGAGGUCUGCACCUCCUCCUGAAGACACUCCUGUUAAAGCUAAUGCAAUCACUACUUCCUGCCAGCCCAAAAAACAUCUACCUGCGGAUUGUGCCUUUGCUUCUAAUGGCACUAUAGUCCGUACAGAGGAUCUACAAAUGUUCGAUAAGGCAUUGUUGGCCGCGAACUCUGCUCCUGCUGAAUUACUAGAAGUACUUACCACUUGUACACAGAUCCUAAUAGACCUUGACUGUUCUCCAGCCGUACCAGAAGCUGGUACUAAGGAGCUGGUACUAAGGAGCCCCACCCUGAAAAGGGACUCCACACUGGGGACUUUGACUACAAGGGCUUUCUUGAUUCAGAUAGUGAACCUGAAGAGGAGUACUGCUAUAAAAAAAAGUGAGUCUGUUCACGCCCGGAGGGCAUUCUUAAAGCAGGGGUAUUGCCAGGGUUCUCACCAUGACAGCCAGACGGCCAGAUGUGGUUGCCCCAGAUGUGCCCAACAGGGGAACCUGGGAACUUUGUGAUCCUGGACCUGCAAUCUACCUUUGAGCCACGGCAGUUUUGUUUGUUUUAAGCUUUUCCAGUCCUGUUCAUCCUGGCUUGCAGCACUGGUGGCUGGACUUUGACUAUUGCUGUGCUUCACGUGACCCUGAUCAGACAUCAGCAUGGUAUAUAAGCACUGCCUCACCCUGGGAACAUUAUCAAGUCUUUUGAUUCUGUUGUGUGUGUUACGUUCCAGUCUAUUGAUCCUCAACUCUAUAUUGACCCUGGCUUCUGACAUCGUUUUCUCUGCCAUCCCUUGACUUCAGCUACCCCUUAACUAUCAUGCUGUUUAUGUCCUUGCCUGUACUGCGACUUGAAACUUUAUCUUGCACAGCCACCGUGCACAGAUUCACAGUCCAGGUGGUUUAUUAUCUGGUCACCUUGGACUGUGUGUGUUUGCAAGGGUGAGCAACAUAUCUGCGCUACAGACUCCAAACUGAGGUAAGCUCCUGACAAUCCUGGACUGGUUGGGGUGCCUUGUGGACGGUUUUCAGGACCACUGACCUCUUAAUUAGACUUUAAUUAAGUCUAAUAAUCUAUGCAAUUUUGUUAAUCUUGAUAUGAUGAUGAUCUCUUUAUAAAGAGGCCUUAUCUAAGAAUAAGAAUGUCAUCUAAAAACCUGAUCUUCAAGAAUCAAACUCUAAAUUCAACCUAGAACAGGAGUAGGCAACCUUCGGCACUCAAGAUAUUGCCAGCAUUCUGGGAGAUGUACUCCAUGACAUCCAGAGUGCCAAAUCUUGCCUAUUCCUGAUAUACAAUAUCUUGACUAAUUGCAAAAAAAUAACAUUUUGUUUGUACUUUCAUACUGUUGUAUUAUGAAUUACAUCUGAUAGUGGCUAUAACCUUUCUAUUUACUUCCAGAUACCCUCCUGUUUGCCGUGAAAGACUACAAUGCCAGAGUUGGAUUACCUCCUAAAGAUCGCUUGGAUGGGUUUGAUGCCAGAUCUAAAAUUGUAGGGAAGCUGAAUAAUGUCAAUAAGAUUGCCUUUAACCCAGAAGGGGUGCUGUUUGCUGUGCGUGGUAUAGAGCUCUUCACAGGAGCUUUGCCUUCAGAUCCAAACCUGGACUGGUUCUCUACUGCUAAAAGAGUGGGCAAAACCAACUGGGAUGGGUUUAAAUUUCUCUUCUUUGAUCCAAAUGGCAUUUUGUAUGCAGUUACCAAGAAUGGGGAGUUCUACAAAGGUCCAGCACCAAGCAAUGAAAACGUGUCCUGGCUUUAUGGCCAAGCCACCAAAAUAGGAACUGGUGGCUGGAAUACAUUUGAUGCCCUUUUCUUUGACCCUAAAGGCAUCCUGUACGCAGUGACAAGUGAUGACAAGCUUGUGAUGAGAAGCCCUCCAACCAAACCAGACGAUAACUGGCUUGGCUCCAGCACAACCAUUGGAAAAGGAGGCUGGCGCAUCCUCACCCAUUUCAUGGCUUUCUCCCCAGAGUUUGACCUGUGGUGUGUGGAUUCAAAGAAUGGCAACAUCUAUAAAGGGCCAGCCCCAACCAUUGAUAAUACCAACUAUCUGAAUAAUGCACAGAAUCUGGGCUGGGGUUACAAUGUCUACCCCCUCCUUUCCUUCACAAUUGAUAAAACCAUCCAGAGCAUUGUAAGCUUUGAAUUCCUGCCAGCUUCAGGGAAAAUUCUAUCGCAAGGCACAGAGGUGGUGCAAUCCCAGAUCUAUGUGAACAAGAGCAGCACUCCAUUAAAGCACACCUUCUCGUGAGUAUAACCAUGUUAUGGAAUAUAUGCAGCGUGCAUCAUCUGCUGCCCUGUGUUAUAUGCCUUCUUGCUCUCUUAGGUUCUCAAAGACCAUGACUGAGAGCAGCACCUUCAGCCAGGAACAUGGAUUCACAGUGGCUAUUGGUGCAGAGAUGGGCUUUAAAGCUGGAGUCCCAUUCAUAGGGGAAAUGGAGACCAAGAUUUCCAUCAAUAUGAGCACAACUCAUACCUGGACCUUCACCAAGACAAAUGAAACUCAGGUAAAAAGGUUUAAAUUCUGAAUUUAUAACAGUUCACACUUUUUACAAAACUACCUAAACUGUAAACUUUGAGAUGUUCGAGCCUCUACAAAGAUCUAAAUCUCCCUUCAAUUAUUCCCAAAUGUGUUUGCUUACUAACCGUUCUGCCAAAGAUGGCAAUGUGGCCACCAAUGCUCUAAUACAGGGGUCUGUAAUCUUCAGCACUUCAGAUGUUGUGGACUACAUAUCGCAUAUUGCUGGCAAAGAAUGAGGGAAGAUUUAGCCCACAACAUCUAGAGUGCUUAAGGUUGCUAUAAACCACAUUUUCACAAAACCAAUCAUAACCAAUUGGACAUACCUUAUCCAAGCGCUAUUGUAAAUGAGGGCAGUCUUUAAUUUGAGAUUCAAAUAAAUAAAUGUAACACCAUAUCUGCUCUAAGUAGUUGAAAAGUCUGCAAAUUAAUGGAAACUUGCACUCCUGAUUAUUAUUUUUUUAUUAUCUUCUUGCGUGUGUGCAUAAUGGAGAUGUGCAAUUUGUUUUGUUCCAAUUAAUUUUUUUACAAAAAUACAUGUUGAUCUAUUCUUUUUCAUCGGGAUAGUAUAUUAGGGGCUCCUGUAAUUGAACGAAGGGGCAAAAUUAAGAAAAGGGCAUUUUUAAAAAGAAUUUUGAUCUUUCAGCAGUUUAGCUGAUGGCUCCCUUAUUUUUCAUUCUUAAAUAUUUCAAUUCCACUUAAGAAUGGCAAAUUAGGAAAUCUUAUACUAAACAGCUGACAAAUCAAAAUUAAAGGCUCAUUCUCUUUGCUGUGUUUAGUAGUUGGCCCUAAUCUGGUAUCAUUAAAAGAUUACUUCAACAGGGAGAAUAAAAAUAUAAAUAUUAAAUAUUUAUAUAUUUUUUCAUUACAAAUUUACUAUGUGACAUAACUAAUAGGUACUGCCCUGUAACAAAAGUUGUACACUUGCCUUUACGCAGCACCAGGUGAAUCUCCUGGCACUUGCAUGGUCCAAUAACAGGCUUCUUCUGUGAUUGGACUCUUUCGCCACUCAGAGCGCAUGUGUGCAAAGAUUUUAAGAGGUAUUUUGUGUAUGGGGGCGAAUAGUAGUGAGGGAGUAGGAAAUGGUGCUCUUCUUGCAGGUGCUUUGACUGCAAAGGGGAGAUUUUUAUAUCUGUCGGCACAGCACACUGGUGACAGAUGUGGUUUUUGUGCAUAGAAUUUACAUUCAGCAGUCAAGAUCAGAGUGCAACUAGUUCCAGCACACAAUUAACAAGAACUCUGCAUGUGCAAUGUUUCAGUGCCCAAAUGUAGUGUUCUUUGUAAUAACUGGAUCUGAAAGAGACUUCCCUAAUGGGAGACAGCUGUAAUACCUCUCCACCAUGGUAUUGGCAAUCAAUGUGGUGUGUUUUUGUUUUUAUUUUUUGAUGUCUCCCCCUUUUUGUCAGAGCUUUCAUAGCCAGAAAUGUUUCCGCAGGUUGUUAGCCAUGUAAUCCUGUGAUAUGAAACGACAUGGUCUUGUAAUGGCAUCAAUAUAGUCUGACAUUAGAAGAGCUUCUCAUAUCUUGUGCAAUUCUAAGAUAAAUAUGCAACAAUGGCCUGACAUUUUUCAAAUUCUUCAUGGGUCUUGGACUUAGAAUAUCUUGUAUGAAAUCCAGGAUCUAGCCAAUACUUUUUCUGUAUAUGUUCAAAUGUAUGAAGAUACAUACAAAACUGAAACACAAGCCUAUAUACAGUGCAAAUCCUGCAGUGAAUAAAUUGUACUAUUAAAAGAAACAACAAUUCCCUUAAGUAGAUGAAGCUACCCAGAAGUUCUCACCUUGUCUUCUGAAUGCAAAAUAUAUAGUGUGUAUGGGUAGUAAGGAAAAAAGAAAUACAGCAUAGUGUAGUUUGUACACAAUUGCCACUCAGUACGCAAGUCCCAAUUGGCAACUCACUAUUAUCCAGUAAAAGAUGCCUUCAUAAAAUCCUCAUCAGGAAGCUCAACUUCCAGGUCUUUACUUUAACUUCCACUUCAGUUCCAAGGUGGUGUAAACCAAGGCCAAGUAAAAUGCAAAAUGAAUUCUUUAUUACUUACAUGUAAAACAGCAUAUGCAGCAGCAUGUUAAAAUGUAGAAAGGUAGCCUCAUACUAAAUGUUUUGUUUCGUCCGAAACUUGUGUCAAACAUAUGACUUCUCUUGCAGACUACCUUCUCCUCCAGUACAGAUGUGGAGGUACCAGGUGGACAUUCAAUACGUAUGGUGGCAUCUGUGACAAAGGGAGAAAUGGAUGUGCCUUACCGUGCCAAGGUCCGCACCUUGUUUGGCUAUGAAUCCUACGUCGAGGGAUUAUGGAAAGGGGUCACUCACUAUAAUCUGAUGGUCAGCCAGGAAGACUACAAACCAUGAGAUGAAUACGACUUCUAAUCCAGCCAUGGGAUCCUUCUGCAUGGAACCUGAUAAGGGCAUGAUAGCAACAGUACUAUUCAUGGUCUAAUAUGAAUGGCUCUGAAAGUUUAUCUGAAAUGCCAUGUUUUGGUGAAUAAAAUGUAUGUUCUAGAAUCUUCUGUGUCUUUAUAGUUUUAAUAUGCUUGUCUAUUUGGAAUCUACCCGAUUCUGGCUAUAUGUUCUUUCCUCAGUAGAUACAUAUCCUGCAUUGCAUCCCUAGUGGUAUUGCACAUGGUAUUGUCAUAGCCCUUCAUAGAUGUCUGGUUGGAGAGCAGAUGCUUUUUGUUUGGCCUUGUUUAAAGAUUUGGUGCUGGGUGGUAGAAUCUACAGCUGACUGCAAUCCUACUAUACUACCCAUUCUGUAAAAUUGUGGUUGGGAGAAUGGCCCAAGAAACAUGGCAAAUAUGAUAAUACUAAGCCAAACACCAACCAAUAACAAUUGUAGUACAAAACAAAGUGACCUGCAAAUGUAAUUUAUAAUUAAUCCUGCACUUACUUGUACAUUGCCUGGUCAGUCAUCAAUUAUCCCAGGAUAUGCUUAGAACACCUAAACUAUCAGUGUGUGCAUUCUUUCUCAACCCUGCUGUGAUGGACCGUCCGCCAAUCGAUGCUCCUAGCGCUUCUCUUUGGGGGAGAAAAAGGCCUGCCAGCCAGGCACAGUUAUAGCCAACCUGCCGACCAGCCACAGCAGCCAGUCAGCAACUGUAAGUAAGGUGAGAAUAGCUAACUUGGGCUGGAUAUUAGAGAGUUAUGUUAUAUUACUUGUGGAAGUAGCAACAAAUAUCACCAGGUUCAAUAAAAGCGUUUUAAUUGACCAUUAAAA